AAAUAGACGGCCCGCAGCUGAAUCGCAUUCAGUGUGUUUGUGUGCUUCGUUCGGUGCGGUUCUCUCUGUCUCUAUCUCGCCUUCCCCGAGUAUUUUGCGCUGGUUUUUUGUCAACAACAAGACAAUCCACAAAACCAAACCGAAUUGUUCUCUAUAUAACGCAGAAACUAAAUAGUUCCGGAAAACCUCAAAGAAACCCAUUCAAAUAUGUCGGCUGCUACGGAACAACAGAACAACGGCGAUGUGGCCGUGGAGAAGGUGGCGGCGGAUGAUGUGUCUGCUGUCAAGGACGAUCUCAAGGCGAAGGCGGCCGCUGAGGAUAAGGCCGCUGCUGCCGAUGCCGCCGGCGACGCGGCCGACAACGGCACGUCAAAGGACGGCGAGGAUGCCGCCGAUGCCGCCGCCGCUGCCCCCGCAAAGGAAUCCGUGAAAGGCACCAAGAGGCCAGCAGAAGCCAAAUCCGCAGAAUCAAAGAAGGCCAAGAAGGCCGCGGCCGCCGAUGGAGAUUCCGAUGAGGAAGAGGCUCUGGAGGAAAUCAUCGAGGGCGACAGUGAAAUCGAGAGCGACGAGUACGACAUCCCCUACGAUGGUGAGGAGGAUGACAUUGAAUGUGAUGAUGAUGAUGAUGAUAAUGAUGACGGUUCCGGCUCGGACGAUCAGGCGUAAUAAUAAUGUAGUCAAAAAUACAAACAAAAACAAACAAAAA